CAACUAAAGCUUCAUCACAAAUUACUCUUGAGAAACAUACUUUGGGACGAAACCAAUUACCUGUUUGGAAAUUUUUUUAUCAAAAACGAAUCUCUUUACCUGGACAUUUUUUAGCAAAAUGUUCUUAUUGUCCAGCUAAGUGGUUAAGAGGUGAACUACAAAAACUUGAAGCCUAUCUUGCAUUAGAGUAUCCUAAUGUAGAUAAUGAGAUUUAG